AUGAGGGCCUCAUCCUCGCGCUUAUCCAGUUUCUCUUCCAGAGAUUCUCUCUGGAGCCGGAUGCCGGAUCAGAUCUCGGUGUCCGAGUUUCUCGCGGAGACUACGGAGGAUUAUAACUCCCCAACGACGUCAAGCUUCACCACCCGUUUACAGAGCUGUCGGAACACGGUCAACGUCUUGGAAGAGGCUUUGGAUCAGGACCGAACAGCAUUACAGAAGGUGAAGAAAUCAGUCAAAGCAGUGUACAACUCAGGCCAAGAACAUGUCCAGAAUGAGGAGAACUAUGGCCAAGCACUGGACAAGUUUGGCAGUAAUUUCAUCAGCCGGGACAACUCCGAUUUGGGCACAGCCUUUGUCAAGUUCUCCGACCUCAUCAAGGAACUGGCUGCCCUACUCAAGAACCUGCUCCAGAGCCUCAGCCAUAACGUCAUCUUCACCCUGGACUCGCUGCUCAAAGGGGAUCUGAAGGGGGUGAAAGGGGAUAUUAAAAAGCCCUUUGACAAAGCAUGGAAAGACUACGAAGCCAAAUUCACUAAAAUCGAGAAGGAGAAACGAGAGCACGCUAAGCAGCACGGAAUGAUCCGGACUGAGAUCACUGGAGCGGAGAUUGCUGAGGAGAUGGAAAAAGAACGGCGGCUCUUUCAGCUUCAGAUGUGCGAGUAUCUGAUCAAAGUCAAUGAGAUCAAGACCAAGAAGGGAGUGGACCUUCUCCAGAACCUCAUAAAGUAUUACCAUGCACAGUGCAACUUUUUCCAAGAUGGCUUGAAAACUGCUGACAAAUUGAAGCAGUACAUUGAGAAGCUGGCAGCUGAUCUUUAUAAUAUAAAACAAACCCAGGAUGAGGAGAAGAAACAGCUAACUGCUCUCAGGGACCUUAUCAAGUCCUCCCUCCAGCUGGAUCAAAAAGAGUCUAGGAGAGAUUCUCAGAGCAAGCAGAGUGGCUAUAGUAUGCAUCAACUGCAGGGCAAUAAAGAGUUUGGCAGUGAGAAAAAGGGUUACCUUAUGAAGAAAAGCGACGGGCUCCGUAAGGUUUGGCAGAGGAGGAAAUGUUCUGUUAAGAAUGGCAUUCUCACCAUCUCUCAUGCUACAUCCAACAGGCAGCCCGUAAGGCUAAACCUGCUAACCUGCCAAGUGAAACCAGGAGAGGAUAAAAAAUGUUUCGACCUGAUCUCUCAUAAUCGCACCUAUCACUUCCAGGCAGAAGAUGAACAGGAGUUUGUGAUAUGGAUCUCAGUGCUGACUAACAGUAAGGAGGAGGCUCUGAACAUGGCCUUUCGUGGAGAACAGAGUGCGGGAGAUGACAGUCUGGAGGAUUUGACUAAAGCCAUCAUAGAGGACGUGCUGCGCAUGCCCGGGAACGAACUCUGCUGUGACUGUGGGGCACCAGAGCCUAAAUGGUUGUCCACUAACCUGGGUAUCCUGACCUGUAUAGAGUGCUCAGGCAUCCACAGGGAGAUGGGAGUCCAUAUUUCACGGAUUCAGUCCAUGGAACUCGACAAAUUAGGCACCUCUGAACUCUUGCUGGCCAAGAAUGUAGGAAAUAGUAGUUUUAAUGAAAUUUUGGAGGGGAAUCUACCAAGUCCUUCACCAAAACCGACACCCUCAAGUGAUAUGACGGAGAGGAAGGAGUACAUCAACGCCAAAUACGUGGAGCAUCGUUUUGCCCGCAGGACCGCCUGCACGGCGACGGCCAGGCAGGGCGAUCUGUAUGAGGCGGUGAGGACCCGCGACCUGAUGGCUCUGAUCCAGCUCUAUGCGGACGGAGUGGAGCUUCUGGAGCCUUUCCCAGAGGCAGGACAGGAUCCAGGAGAGACUGCUCUCCAUUUUGCCAUAAGAACAUCAGACCAGACCUCUCUGCACCUGGUUGACUUUCUCGUCCAAAACAGUGGGAAUCUAGACAGACAAACAGAAAGAGGGAACACAGCACUCCAUUACUGCUGCAUGUAUGACAAACCAGAGUGUCUCAAACUCCUGCUGAGGGGAAAGCCAGGCAUCGACUUAGUCAACCAGAAUGGAGAGACGGCAUUGGACAUUGCGAGGCGACUGAAGAACUCCCAGUGUGAGGAGCCACUGGUGGAGGCUGCAGCCGGGAAGUUUAACCCUCACGUUCACGUGGAGUACGAGUGGAACCUGCGUCUGGAGGAGAUCGAUGAGAGCGAUGACGAUCUGGACGACAAGCCAAGCCCGGUAAAGAAGGAGCGCUCUCCACGGCCUCAGAGCUUCUGUCACUCAUCCAGCGUGUCUCCCCAGGAGAAGCUGUCCCUGCCGGGCUAUUUGGGCCAUCGGGACAAACAGCGGCUCUCCUACGGGGCUUUCGCCAACCCCGUCUACAGCACCUCCACAGACACGCCUGCCUCUCCCAGUGCCGACGGCCCCACGCUGGCCAGCAAGAACGCAGGCAAAGCCCCCUCAACUGGCCCGCCCACUUCCCUGCCCUUGAGCUCCCAGGCCUGUGCAGGGGGGAGCUCCACCUUGUCGAAAAAGAGGGCUCCACCCCCACCGCCAGGACACAAGCGCACCCUGUCGGAUCCCCCAAGCCCUGUCCUCCAGGGCCCUCAAAGCAAAGGUAGGCAUCCUACAGGAAGUGAGUCUACACCUCCACCUGUGAACAGGACUUCUCCUGCAAAUAAGUUUGAAGGAAUUCAGCAGCAGCAAAGCACUACUUCUAGUAACACAAAAUCAACAUUUGGUCCAAGAGUUCUACCCAAACUACCUCAGAAGGUGGCACUAAGGAAGAUUGACACAGUCCACCUCCCCUCCGUUGACAAACCCAGCCUGUCCUCUGAGAUCCCCCAGAAACCCUCCCAAGCUGGAGAAACACCUACGGAACCUCCUCCGAAAGUGCCGCAGCCGGCAGAGCGACCUCAGCAGAGCGACCUUCCACCUAAACCACACGUGUCAGACCUGCCUCCUAAACCCCAACUGUCUGACCUGCCACCCAAACCACAGCUGUCAGAUUUACCCCCCAAACCCCAGCUGUCAGACCUGCCACCCAAACCUCAGCUUAAAGAUCUCCCACCCAAGCCGCAGCUCUCUGACAUCCCAUCCAAGCCUUCGGUGACGGCUCCAGAGGCCGCGCAGAAGCAGCCGGCCGCGGAGGAGGCGGUUACCAAGCCGCCGCUGACUGAAGCUCAGUCCUCCGGUCAGCAGGGGGAGCUCUCUCCAAGACAGUCCAGCGAAGACACUAAUGGUGCGCUGGCUGGCACCGUGGAGAUGCCGGUACCAUUGCCACGGAAGAUAAACACGGGGAAGAGCAAAGCCCGGCGAGUCAAAACCAUCUACGACUGCCAGGCCGAUAAUGACGAUGAGCUGACCUUUGCAGAGGGAGAGGUCAUCGUCGUCACAGGAGAGGAGGAUCAGGAGUGGUGGAUCGGGCAUAUAGAAGGGCAGCCUGAAAGAAAAGGGGUCUUUCCAAUGUCCUUUGUGCACAUUCUCUAUGACUGA